AUGAUACUGUCAACAAUUCUUCAAAAAAUUUGUCCCUUUUUCUUCGGCAUAAGUUCGUGGAUCGGAAUUUAUGCAACUUACACGCAAAUGCCAAUUAUCGUAAAAACAGCUCCUGAAGGAUGGAAUUUACCUUCGUACAUUGUCGUGAUGGUUCAAUUGGGAAAUCUGGGCCCUCUUUUGUAUCAUUUCCUGCAAAAACAUCGACCUGUGAAAAAUUCUUACCUCAUUUAUGGGAUGUUGACACUCGGAUUUUGUGCUUCUCUUGUUUUUUCUCAACUUUGGGAUGUGACAGUUACAAUUUUCAAUUCAGAACGGAGUUUAUUUUUGAUGAUGUCAGUGUUGAUGUUUUCUCUUCUGGCUUGUACGAGUUCAGUUUUGUUCAUGCCUUACAUGGGACGUUUUCCAGCUUCAUAUAUCGUUCAAUAUUACACCGGAAUGAGUUGCGGCGGAUUAACUUGUGCAUUUUUAGCCUUGUUACAAGGCACCGGAAGCGAUGAAGAGUCACAAAUGGAAAUUGAUCAACCGAAUUUCAGUGUUUCGACAUUUUUAUUCAUCGUUACUGGCAUUAUUUUUGUUAGUUUUGUUGCUUUUUACUUGAUGGAAACGUUGGAAAUUUUUAAAAAGCAGUUUGCAAUUGAUGAGGAUAAAAAACUGGAAGUGAAAAAAUUAUCUCCGAUCAAUUUUAAAAGCUUUUUGCUUCUUUACGGUUUAUUGGCAGCUUUAAUUAACGCAACUAUUCCGAGUAUUUUAUCUUAUGCAACGCUGCCAUUUGGCUCGAGCACCUAUCAUUACACGUUAACAGUUGUCUACAUCAUGGAGCCAUUAGCAUAUAUCUUUGGAAAUUUUAUACCACAUUCGAGCAUUCGUGCGGUUUGGAUUGUCGCUUUUAUCCCAGUUUUGCCGUGCACUUAUUUGAUGAUAAAUGCCGUCAUGAGUCCUUAUCCGUGGCUUCUUGGAACAAAAAUUGGCGAAAUUUUACCUAUAAUUUUAUGGACAAUCGUCAAAAUGAGCAACGCCUUUGUAACGAUUUCCCUAAUGAGCAUUUUCCGUGUGCAAGGCGGGAAAUCUUUAGUCAAUAUCGGUUCAUGCGGUCAAAUUGGCUCCUUUCUCGGCACAGUAAAUAUCUUUUGUCUCGUGAACUUUACAGAUAUUUUUAAAAGUUCGUGA